AGAUCGAUUUAUGAACUCUUGGUGAUAACAGUCGAAGUCUCUUAAGCAUCAAUAAAAGAUCUAAAAAGAAAUAAAAGAUUUAACAACAAUAUCAAAUUGUAUAUAAAACUGACUUAGUAACUUUAUAUACAACCAGCUCCAGGUGUUAAUAACUUGAACAUUUGCAAAAUGGCCGAAUACAAAGUCCUACUAACAUGUCCUCCAAUGAUCGGAAGAAUUGAUGAGUAUCGUGAAAAGUUGUCUGAAUAUAACAUGGACAUUACUAUCCCAGAUUUUACUCAGGUGUUAUCUGUGAAAGAACUGAUUGAUCUUGUCCCCCAGUUUGAUGCUUGGAUCAUAGGGGAUGACCCGGCCACCGAGGCAGUCUUUAAGGCUGGGAAGGAAGGCCGUCUCAAAGCCGCAAUGAAAUGGGGUGUCGGGACUGACAAUGUUGAUUUUGAUGCCUGUAAUAAAUAUAACAUUCCUGUUAGUAACACUCCUGGAAUGUUCAAUAAUGAAGUCGCUGAUGUUGCUGUCGGUUAUGUGAUUGCCCUUGCCAGAGAGUUCAUGGCCAUUGACCGCAAAGUCCGCCAGGGUGGCUGGUAUAAGCCAUGUGGAAUGUCAUUAACUGAUAAAAAGGUUGCUCUGAUUGGGUUUGGUAACAUUGGAAGAUGCAUCGCUCAUCGCCUUCUGGCAUUUGGUCUUAAGAUCCACGCAGUUGAUCCGUUCUUUAGAAAGGAGAAUGGACGUAUAACAUGUGAUGCUGAUAUAGAGUUUAGCGAGUCUAUUCAUGCAGUUGACAUUUCUGAUUUGCAAACGGCAACAAGCAAUUGUGACUUCAUAGUCGUCUGUUGUGCCCUUACUCCCUCUUCCCAUCACUCCAUCAACAAAUCAGUCAUGAUGAAUGCCAAGCCAGGUGUCAAAAUUGUAAAUGUUGGAAGGGGCCCUAUAAUUAACCAAUCAGAUUUAGUUGAGCUGAUGCAUUCUGGGUAUGUCUCUGGUGCUGCUUUGGAUGUAUUUGAAGUGGAGCCAUUGCCGCAAGAUGAUGAACUACGUCAAUUUGAAAACACCGUGUUUGGAGCACAUAACUGCUCUAAUACUAAAGAAGCUGUGGAUCGCACAAGCUUCCUUGUCAUAGACAAAUUGAAGAAAUACUUGGAUGAAGACAAGUCAGACUAGUCUCUUGUAAUUGAGCUCUUAGAGGACUUUGAUAAAUUUGGACAUUGUUGGGUAUAAAAUAAUUGGGAAGUUGGGUAUAAAUGAAAUAUAAAAAGCCAACAAAAGUAAUUGUUAUCUACUUGAACCAGAAUAUAGCAUAUUUGUUUGAUCAAACCAAUUCUUUGUCUUAUAUUGAUGAAAUGAAUUUGUUGUUAUGUACAGUACAAGUCAUCCAUGAAGUCUUUGGUCUUCCCUCGUAUCUUGUAUAUUGUUACUGGCCUAGAGUUUUUGUUGAUUUGAAACUUAGGUAGUAUGAACAAGGACUUUGUUUAGAUUUUAGGCAAUAUUCAUCUCACCAUGGC